CCUAAAGAAAGACCCCUGCCUACCUUGUAAUAGCUAGCACUCCUCCUACAUAUCUACGAUUCGCAAACCAAAAUCUCCCAGAAUAGCUUUCACGACAUUACAAUCGCGAAUAUGCAGCGCCGUAUGCUAUCAAAAGAAGACGAGGCAGCAGUCGGCGCAGACGAGGUCGAAGUACGAAGAGAAGAUCAGGACAAAAUUAAUCGAUUCAGUCGUUUGCAUCAACGAGAAAUCGGUUUGGAGGACGAGUUAAAGUUAAAACAUAAAGAAAAGGAGGACCUCGACGAUGUUUCGGGGGAACUUGAGUUGGCAGACGAAGAUGACAUGAUACCUUACAAAAUCGGAGAUUCAUUCAUAUCCUUACCACUACCAGAGGUACAAGAAUUACUUACGAAAUCGACCGAGAACAUCGAGGAGGAAGUGAUAUUGGUGGAAGAAAAGCUUAGUACAAUUAGGGAGGAGAUGACACAACUGAAGGUGGAAUUGUAUGCCAGAUUUGGUCGAAGUAUUAAUCUGGAAACGUAGAAUAUCGAAAUAAUUUCAUAGGAACACCCAAAGGACCCAUCAAAGCUCCAUA